AAAAAAAAAACCCCAACCCAACCCAAACAAACGAUGGAGAAGUAGAGAGAGAGAGGUCUCCGUGUGAGGUGCGGAGAAAGAUGUGCAGCCGAAAGUGUGUGUAAGUAGCGGGUGGGGAUGUGUAGGUUUGGGCGUCUGACAUUUCCCGAGGCUCCUGGUGGGUUUCUCCCCGGCGACGUUUGGCUCUGCCUCGACCCCGCGCUCAUGGCCGCAACCUUUGGGGGAAAUCGAGGUUUUGCCGAAAAGCCGCCACGACUUUCAACCGUUCGGUCGCGGCGGCGUCAAACCAAGAGAAAUAACGCAUUUUUUUAAAAUAAGUUGCCGAAUCCCCACUGCCAGGCUGUCACCGGCAGGACGUGGGCGCGGGUGCCCGUGGCUCCCUGCGUGCGAAGGCACGCGUGGAUUUACACGGGGAGCCAGCCCAGCUGAACUACCUGGCAAAUAAAGGACUUUUCUGCCCAUCGCAGUUUUUGGUAACAUCUUCCGAGCAGCUUUCUCGGAGUUUACUGUUCCUUUACUGUUGACUCCAUAGCCUUAACCUUAAAGCAGGGGGAGGAGAGCAGUAGGGAGGGGGUGGGGGUGUUGGCAGCAUAUAAGUACAUCAGGAGGAAUUUUUAAACGACCUUAUUGUCUCUAGCUCUAGAAAGACCGCGAUGAUUUUUUUUUAGCGCCAGCAGCUGUUUUCUCUCGAAACUUUGCUUCCAGCCUCAGCACAGCCCAGGCUGCCCCUCGCACGGGCGAGAGGGAGGAAGGCGAGGAUGGGGGGGAUCCAGAUGCGAGGCGAGGGAAGGCGAACUCCGCGGAUGGUCUGAGCUGUGCCGAGGCAUUGUUCACUGCUGCCUCUCGGUUACGUUUAAAGGCUGAAAUAUCACGAGAUCCACUCAAUGAUCCUUUUUUUUUUUUUUUUUUUCCCCCUCUUCUUAAUUCGAGGGACAAAAUGUAAUUUGCCGUAGCUCUGCUCGCUCGGAUGGGAAUACUAUCCCUGGGUUUCAAAGGGAAGAACUAGGCAUCGCGGUUCGCGCACACAUGGAUUAAGUUGAACAGCGGCGAUUACAUCUGCGCUGAGAGCAACAGUAGUCCAGGGCUGACUUUUCAAAUCUCAGCCCUCCGAGUUAGAGGCUCCCUUGAAUAGACUUCCUCCAUUCCCGGAUGCACUUCGCCAAAUUCCCACUUCUCUCUAGAAUUCCUGCGAAAUUGGGGGCUCGCCUGCAUUUCGCCUUGGCGUGCAAAUCUGCGUUUUUUACAGCGUGAUUAUGCGCUUUAUUUUAGCUGUACCUGACGGGGUAACACGAACUCCACGCACCAUAUUGCCAAUACGCGGAGUGGAUAUUGACGUUUGGGAUUGAAGAUUUUUUUUAAUUUUUUUUUUUUUUUGCCCCUCCGUCGAUUUUUGGUUUUUUUUGCCAAGUCCCAGAAAUAUGAGAUGUCUCAUUAAUCUCACGGAUAUGUCUAAUUCUGGAUGUGCAGUGAUACAUAAAAGUGCUCGUGUUUGUAUCCAGCGGAACACUGGAUGCACGGCAGAGAUUGGUGAUUUUUUUUUUCGCGGCGCCUAACGUGCAAACCGCAAGCAGCAUCACUUUAACGUGACAAGGGAGAGGCAUGCAGCUAUCGCAACAUUUGCGAAACCCUCGCUCCUGACACUCCAACAAUUUAACGUUCCUGAGAAGAGGUUAAACCUUCGUGCUGCUUCUUCGAAUUGAUUUUAAGGGGCUGCUAUAAAUGGAACAUCCAAAAGCUGCGGCAGGGCUACUCCGAGCGGAAUAUGCAAACUGCGAGCCAGAAGCAUCCUAGCCCGUUGCAAUAUCGCAGAUUGUGUGUGCCAGCACUUUUUUGUUAUUACGUAAAGCCUCUUGGAAGCACCUUGGAUAUUUUACAUUCUCCUUUCUCUGCUGGAAGCAAUCAGCACGCAGGAAUCCUGACGUGGGCUCUGGGACUAUAGGACAUUCCAGCUAGUGAUCCAGCACGGUUAAUUGUGAAAAGUGUAUACAUUUCUGGCUUAUCUAUGCUUUGUUAUGGGUCUGACGUGAGCCCACGUCCUCCUACCCCCUCCUGCAAUAUUACAGGCAGAAUUUCGGUAAAAAGUGUUACAGUAUCACGGUGCGGGAACCCGUGAUAUUCAGGCAGCAAAAUAACCUUAGUCCCCGGCUGUAAAAAGCUAAUUAAGCAGAAGAGGAAAAUCAAGAGAAACUCGAAAAUGUAAGUAUUCCCUCUCGUUAACAACCGAGCGUUUAACUUUGGAGCCUCAGAAAGGGAAAUACCAGGCGGUUCUGCACGUUUUCGCUAAGCUUCAUUUUCCACACAAUGCAGAAUAAAAUGCUAGUUUAAAGCGGCUACGUUACCGGAGGAUUUUCCAUCGCUACGAUCAGACUUAUGUCCUUUAAAUUCACGGCAUGCACAAAAGAGCAACGUUUGUCCGAAACAGGCUAAAAAUAUACGAAACGAUAGGGAAAAAAGCAUGCAAAUCCUCCCUCGGAAGCUAGCGACGAGGAAGUCUGAGAGGUCUGAGUGUGUUUGAGCUCGGAUUGUUUAAUAGAAAGAUUUAUAUACUAACUGUAUUAUUUACUUUGGGAGGGGAGGUGGCAGUAUAAGGGUAUGCUAAUUAGUGGGAGAUUUUUUGGGGGAAGGGGUGGAAUAUCAAUUUUUAUUGCAUCACCUGUCAGGAGUGUCCAAUCAGCGUUGGCUUUAGGGGAAUUAAUUGAUGAAGGUGUCUCCGGACGAGCUCACUUCACUCUGUCAUUUUAUUUGUAGCUAAAGCAGCGGCGGGAAUAGCAGCUGCAUUUCUUUUCUCUUCCUCCCUUCACAUUCCAUUAUCAUAGUUUCCAAUGGAAAAGCAGGGAAUGAAAGGGAACAGGUACUGAUCUUCAGCAGCAACUUAGAGAAACACUUUGGCAAACCUGAUUUUUAAGAUUAUAUAUUGAUUGUAGCCUCACGGUAUUUUUUUAAUUUAUUUUUUUAAUUUUGUCUAAAGUUUGGCACUUCAUUCACCAGGAAUAACAGCCUUUGUUAUAUUUUAUUAGCAGGAUGCCUUGAGACAAAUACAGCAUCUGGCUGAGGAUUGUGUGUGUGUGGCUUUUUCUUUUUUUUUUCUUUUUUUUUUUUUUCAUCUCUCUCUCUCUCUCUGCAAAUGCUGGGAAUAAUUUAAUUCACGAAAUGGGAGACCUGAAGUCGGGUUUUGAAGAGGUGGAUGGCGUGAGGCUCGGCUACCUCAUCAUUAAAGGAAAGCAAAUGUUUGCACUCUCCCAGGUUUUUACAGACCUGCUCAAAAACAUCCCGCGAACUACCGUGCACAAGCGAAUGGAUCAUUUAAAAGUAAAAAAGCAUCACUGCGACCUGGAGGAGUUGAGGAAACUCAAAGCCAUCAACUCCAUCGCUUUCCACGCCGCCAAAUGCACCCUGAUCUCCAGAGAGGACGUGGAAGCCCUUUACACAUCCUGCAAAACCGAACGGGUCCUUAAGACGAAACGGAGGAAAAUAAGCCGGGCGCUGUCAACCACCGACCUCCGGCCGGAGCUGGCGCCCACCGACCCCUUCUCCGGCUUCUGGAAGGAGAACAAACUUUGGCUGGGUUUGAAUGACUCUCCCCGGCCCCUGCUGCCCAUCCGGAGGAAAGCUUUGCGUCCGGGGGACACAGCCUUGCUACCGGCCUCUCAUCUACCUCACAUUUUUAGUAAAUACACUGGCCACAGCUACCCAGAAAUCGCUCGGGCGCCUUGCAAACCCCCCGUAAACUAUGAAACGGCGCCGGCGGCGGGCGGCUGCGCGCCCCUCCGCUCCCGCCGCCCGCCCGCCGCCCGCCCCCCGCCCGCCGCCGCGGCGCGGCCGCGGCUCCCGGCCGCAGGCCGCCCGCCCCUGCCCGCCCGCUGCCGCCGCCGCCACCGCCGCCACGGGGCGGCCGCCGCCGCCGGCCCGCUGGGCCCCCCCGGCGGCGCCCGCCGGCCCCUGGCCGCACAGAGGCCCUGCCGGCCCCGCGGCGCCCCGCGGCUGCCGCUGCCGCUGCCCCGCGGCUUCGGGCCGCCGCCGCCGCCCGCCUUCCCCGAGAGCGGCAGCAGCGACUCGGAGUCCAGCUGCUGCUCCGGCCGCGCCGCCCACGACUCGGACUGCGGCUCCAGCCUCUCCAGCUCCAGCGAGGGCAGCUCGGAGGAGGAGGACGAGGAGGAGGAGGAGGACGAGGAGGGCAGCGGCGCCUCGGACUCCAGCGAGGGCAGCUCGGAGGAGGAGGAGGAGGAGGAGGAGGAGGAAGAGGAGGAGGAGGAGGAGGACAGCACCUCGGACUCCGACUCCAGCUCGGUCUCCAGCCAGGUCUCGGUGCAGAGCAUCCGCUUCAGGCGCACCAGCUUCUGCAGCCCGCCCGGCGUGGUCCACGCCAACUUCUUGUACCAUCUGGCGGCCGCCGCCGCCCCCCGGCCCCCGGCCCCGGCCCCGGCGGAGCCCGGCGGGCUGCCCGCCCUCCGCGGCGCUGCCGGCGGAGUCAAGCCGGAGCUGCCGGAGGAGUGGGGCCGCCCCGGCUGGGCUCCCGCCGCCCCGGCGCUGCGCUGCUCCGGCGGCCUGGGGAGCUGCUUCGCGGAGAUAAGAGAUGAUAGGGUAUCCGAGAUCACAUUCCCACACUCUGAAUUUUCCAAUAAUGCCAAGAGUACUGACCUAACAAUUAACUGUGUUGCAAAGGGGGCCUCUUCACCUAGCCCAAAGACAAACAAUGCAUUUCCACAACAAAGAAUACUCAGAGAGGCAAGGAAAUGCCUUCAAGCAACUACUACACACCGUGCAGAUAACAAUACAAUAGCUGCUAGGUUCUUAAAUAAUGAUUUUUCAUCAGCGGCAGCAAAUUCAGAGAAAGAUUCCAAAAUCCCUCAUUGUAUUGAAUUUGCCACGGAUUUGCCCUCUUUACAAACUGAUCCUGAGGAGGAUGCUGCUUCUCCAGGGGCAGCAGCAGCAGCUGAGCUCCAGUGCACUGAUACAGGCAAUAAGACAUUGCCAUUCCUGCACAGCAUUAAAAUCAAAAUAGAGGACAGCAGUGCGAACGACGAGUAUGAGCCUGACCUUACAACACAUAAGCUAAAGUGUGAGUGCAAUGAUACUAAGGAUGAGUUUUACGGUGUGACUGAGAGUAAUAACCAGGACGCUUUAUUAACAGCCAAGGAAGAUUCUGCAUGCACUGAGAAAGAAACCACUUCCUUAAACCCGCUGACUCAGAGUCAGGUCCUCUCAUGCACUUUAGGUACUCCAAAACCUGAGGAUGGGGAGUAUAAAUUUGGAGCAAGGGUGAGAAAAAAUUACAGGACACUGGUUUUGGGAAAGCGACCUGUACUGCAGACUCCUCCAGUCAAACCAAAUUUGAAAUCAGCUCGAAGCCCACGUCCUACAGGUAAAAUCGAGACACAUGAAGGAACACUGGAUGAUUUUACAGUUAACAAUAGACGCAAAAGGGUAGCCAGCAAUGUAGCAUCAGCAGUGAAAAGGCCAUUUAAUUUCAUGGCAAAUUUUCCCUGUCCACCAUCACUAAUUAUUGGCAAUGAUGGGGAUUUGUUGCCAGCUUAUUCCUUAAACACCACUAAGGAUUCCCAACCACCUCACAAGGCCCAUCCUGUAUGGAAAUGGCAGCUGGGCGGUUCUGCAAUACCUCUUCCACCUAGCCACAAAUUCAGGAAAUUUAAUUAAUAAAAUAGUUUGGAAAAUAUUUUCUUGAACCACCUUUAACUUUCUUACGUUUUUUAAACUCUGCAGGAUGGUUUGUACAAGCCCAUUAAUGCUAUACACACUUUUGGAAUCCUGUUUUAUCACAUUGUGAAGACAGAAACCGGAUUACUAUUUUCUUUACCAUUACGACAGUGGUUUUUUGUUUUGGUUUGGGUUUUUUUAUUUUUUUGGUUCUGUUGCAUUUGGGUUUUGUUUUUUGGUUUGUUUUUUUUUUUGGUUACAUUCCACAGAGUACUUCAGGCUAAAGACUCAAGUUAAACUCAGUUAUUAUGGUAGAGCUGGAACACUUUACUGUUUAAAUGCUAAUAAUGCACCAGUACCUCAAUUCAACUGCUGCAAAUAAAUGUCAAAAGGUUGAAUAAUAAAUAUUAGAAUGAGCCAUUAAAUUUAUGCACUAGAUUUCGAAAAUGGAAGUCUAACUGUUAAUUCAGUUAAAGUUUGUUAAGUUACAUGGUUGCACAGUAAGGGUUCACUAUAAUUCAAUGUGGCAGCAGCCUACUUUUCGGAAGCUUUGUUUUCGGGUGCAGGGGUGUCUUUUUCGAAGAGCAGUUGCACUUACUCCUUUUUCUCUGGUUUGGAAAGGCUGGGGUCCGCCUGCGACCCCAGUGCUGGGAAAAGCUGCCUCAUCUGAAACCAGUAAAUAAAUGUGGAAUUCUAUUUUUGGUAAAAGGGUGUCUUUUUACUUGUACAGCCACUCUUUGCAAUUGGGAAGCCUUUUUGUUUCACCCAGAGGUCUUAAAUAAGGUUACUGUUACCCACUAAUGUCAUACUUAAGUUGUGGUCUGAACAUGCCCCUUACAAACUUGCAAAGCAACUAAAAUAUUUGCCCGGCUAGCAGCACAAUUUAUGGUCCAGCCCCUCACGCUGGCUGGAGGAAAUAGCAAAGCAGUAAAUACAACACAGAAAGUGAAACGAGAGGCCGUAAGUGGCAAGAAUACACAAAACGAGAAGACCAUGUUAUUCAUAGCUUUUUUUGGCACCAAAACUCAGGCGUUUCAACCGUGUUACACUUCCCGAUUCUACCCUCAUCUCUUGAAAUUUGUUGUCGUGGGGUUUGUUGUUUUUUGUUUUUUGUUUUUUU